AUGGCCAUGGAUAAUAGCAAGUUUGAAUAAUUGAGCAAGAAUUUCCCUUCUUCAUUGAAAUUCAGAUUGAAUCCUGUCUACUAUGGGGCUAGAGUCGGAAUCCAAGCCUACCUAGGUCUGCUCGUGGGGGGAAGUCUUUUGAUUUACUUGAACACUUUCAAUGGCAUCACAUUCCCAUAUCUAUAUAAAAAACAAAAAGUGGAAUAUUAAGCUGUGCCUGAUUUUUAUUCAAAGCAAGUCUUAUUGUACCAAAGGACAGUCCCGAACACUGUAACAUAAUUAUGA